GAACUCCAAACAUUUCUCGGGUUGAUGGUCAGUCUUCUCAUCAUCUCCUCGAACUGAAACCCACCAUAUUGCGGUGCUAGGUUCUGCAGCGUUCGGGAAAAUACUCGUACACCUCACCAGCUCUGAACGGCUACCUGGCAGCAGACCGUGUCGCAACCAAUUUCGCAUCAUCGCAUUCGAGCAGACUGCACGUGUCAAGGCUUCCCCUCUCCAACGCUUUCUCGAUCAAGAGUACUCAACCAUUCACCCGGAAUCCUUAGAUAGGCCUCUUUGACUGUCCGCAGUCACGUCACGCGCUCAGCAUCAUGCCGAAACAAAGAGCAGUUCAGUUCCAGCAUCGAAGAAAUGGCAAUGGCAACGGCAACGGCGAACGUCGUCGAACCCCUACUUCCAGCUCAAGCGAGACCGCAUCAGAUCCUCCAAGUGCUACAGAAGAGAUCGCAGAGAGCCACAAUAAUGGGACGAUACGCAAGGGAGAAAAGCCAGUGGAGCCUUCAGAGUACGAGAAGAAGAAAGCGACUUUCAUUACCCGAACGAUAUGGACUCUAGCCAUGAUAGGUGGUUUCUUCGGUGCCAUGUUCGCUGGUCACGUCUACAUCCUUAUGAUCAUCACCAUGGUUCAGAUUGUCUCAUUCAAAGAGGUCAUUGCCAUUGCCCAAGUGCCGGCCAAGCAGAAGAAUCUGCCUCUGACCAGGUCUCUAAACUGGUACUUCCUGGCCGUCACCAUGUACUUUUUGUACGGCGAAAGUGUCAUCUACUAUUUCAAACAUAUCCUGCUCGUGGACAAGGUUCUGCUCCCUUUUGCUACACAUCAUCGCUUCAUCAGCUUCAUGAUGUACAUCUUUGGCUUCGUCUUUUUCGUGGCCUCGUUGAAGAAGGGUCACUACCGCUUUCAAUUCACCCAAUUUGCAUGGACUCACAUGGCACUAUAUUUGAUUGUGGUCCAAGCGCAUUUUAUGAUGAACAAUGUCUUUGAAGGCAUGAUCUGGCUCUUCCUUCCGGCGUCCCUGGUCAUUACCAACGACAUCUUCGCAUACAUUUGUGGCAUCACCUUUGGACGCACUCAACUCAUCAAGAUCUCUCCGAAGAAAACUGUCGAAGGUUUUGUUGGGGCCUGGAUUUGCACCAUUAUCUUCGGCUUUGGCCUCACCAACAUCCUGAUGCGUUACAAGUACUUCAUCUGCCCGGUCAAUGAUCUAGGUGCAAAUAUUUACACUGGCCUUGAAUGUACACCAAAUCCCGUGUUCACGCCGCGUCCAUAUGACCUAGCUCCAUGGACCGGACUGAACUAUACGGUCUGGAUUGCCGACAUGCAAUUCCACAUCUUAGUCUUUGCGACGUUCGCCUCUCUCAUUGCACCAUUUGGUGGAUUCUUUGCAUCGGGCUUGAAAAGGACGUUCAAGAUCAAGGACUUCGGCGACAGCAUUCCUGGACACGGAGGCAUGACUGAUCGAAUGGAUUGUCAAUUCAUCAUGGGUCUUUUCGCGUAUAUGUAUUAUCAAAGCUUCAUCGCUGUCUACAAGACGAGCGUGGGCAGCGUCAUUGAGUCGGCCAUUGUGGGCCUGACCCCUGAUGAGCAGAUCGAAGUCGUCAAGGGGCUGUGCAAGUACUUGUACAAUCAAGGUAUUGUUUCCGAAGAGGUGUCGAAGUGUCUCACAUCUCAACUCUCGAGAAGAUGAGUUCAGUAAUGAUCCGGCACGAAGAUGGGGUUUGAUUCUCUUAUGAUUUCCAUUGGACAGUAUCCAUGUAUUCAAAGUUGUUUGGUCUGGACUAGCAUUGCGGCAGGGGUCCGGGCCCAGAAGCGGCAGGAGUACGUCACCCCGAGAAAGGUGAGGGACUGGUCACGCUGGCUGGACGUCGAAAAUGAUGCUGGUGGAUGCUGCACUCGAGCCAGGGCGCGUCGCCGGCGUGGCUCUGCUUUUUUAUGAGCUUGCAUGUCGCCACAAAAGUUCUUUAAUGGCCUUUGCAUAGAUGGCGCGCAGAAUCCGACAGGCUCGGUAAUAUUGUUCGAACCCGGAGUACCGCCACCAAAGGUCGACAUGGCUUAGAUGGUGAUGACAAUAGGACUUUUGAUCUUGUAA